UUUGAACUUUGAGCAGUAUUGACCUUAAAAUUAAGUCACGUGGGUUUGUCGCAUUCACAGGCUGUACAUACAUAAAAGUAAAUGGAGGAUAUAUUUGCUCAUUGAUAACAGCAAAAGAGAUCUGUUGAAAUAAGGUUUUCAAUGGGAAUGUCCAAAGAAUUUUGUACCCUACAUCUAGAAGAGGAUUUAUCCAUUUCUGCUGAAUCAUGGUGUAUAGAAUGCCAAACCUUUCUUUGUCUACAAUGUGAAAAGGACCAUAAGAGAAACCGAGCUUCAAAGCGUCACCCGAUCAUAUCCAUUGUAGAAUACAAUCAACUACCUGCACUCAUUCUAGAAUCGAGCAAUUGGUGUGAUGCACAUGGCAAAAAAUAUGACUUUUUCUGUCAUUUCCACGACACUGCUGGUUGCGUUACAUGCAUUAAAGAUCAGCAUAAAGAAUGCAGAGAUCUAAGUCCUCUUGAAGAUGUCAUGAAAGGUAUAAAAUCUUCUGCCACAGUUGAAAAGGUUAAAAAGGAACUGCAAAACCUUAAUGAUGAUGUUAUCAAGAUAACUUCUUAUUUAGAUUCAAGACUGAUCUCUCUCCAAAAGCAGAAAGUCCAAAUGGUGGAAGAAAUUCAGUGUACGAGGAAGUCCGUAAACAAUCAUCUCGAUAAAAUUGAAAAAAGAAUUUUAGACGAUUUGGAUACAGAACUUUUUAAAAUUAAAUCAAAAUUGGAAAAAAUGUUGAACGAACUUAAAAGUAAAAAGACAAAAUUCGACAGUUUACACAAUGACUUUACCAAGAUGAUGGAGUUUGCGACAGAUUUACAAACAUACAAUGCCUUGAGACAAAUUGCUAAGAUUACAGGCGAAGAAUCUAGUAACAUUGACAAUCUUAAAGCUAAAUACGAAUUAAAGGACCUACAUGUGAAAGUAGAGAUUGUAGAAGCACUCCAGUCGGUUGAAAAUAAUAUAACGGCUUUUGGUAAGAUAAUUGUUAAAACUGUACCGUUCAAUUUACAACUGAAAUCGUUGAAAGAACUCCAGAUAAAUGUACUACUUCCGAUAAAGCCAAAAUUAAUCAGCACAUUGAACAUUUCCGGUGUAGGCCAAUGCAAGAUACAUGGCUGUUUGAUUUUACCUCAAGAAAACUUCUUAUUUGUUGACAGAAGCAACAAACGAGUACUGUUAUUUUCUCAAGAUGGAACAUUUAAAAGAACUGUUAUCACUUUUGUAGACAGUCCAUCUGAUGUUUGUUACAUAGAAGAUGACAUAGUGGCAAUCACAUUUCCUGAAGCACGUUUGAUUCAUUUAGUUGAUACUGAAAAGAAUAGAAUAAAAAAUACCAUAAAUAUCAAGGGCUAUGGAUAUGGUAUUGAAAGUGACGGGGGGAAAUUAUUCGUUAGAAUUUCAAACCAAGACAGUUUUAUUGUUCUUGAUUUGGAGGGAAACAUUUUAAGGCGCAUUCAAAUUCCUGGAGAUUGCAUCACUCGAUUUACCAUAAUGGAGAAUAACAUUGUAUGUAUGAACUGGGAUACAAGUGAGGUCUUGUCUUAUAACAUGAACGGGAACCUACUCUGGAAAUUUAGCCAUGAGACAAUUCGAAAACCCAUGGGAAUAGCAAAAGAUACGAGAGGAAACAUUUAUUUAUCUUGUCAAGAUUCUGAUAAGGUCGUUGUUUUGUCAUCAACCGAUAAAAGCAGCUUCAGCUUCUUAUCAAAUUCAGAUGGAUUGAAUAAACCAUUCUCAUUACAUAUUGACCAACAACGGUCAUUACUACUCGUUGCUAAUGAAAAAGACGGAAAAGCAUUUGUUUAUCAGAUUCCAAAAUAAUUUCAACUCGCAAGUAUUCCUGUUUUAUGUGUUAAAAACAUUACUCUGUCGGAGUGGUGGUUCGUGUGGUAUUGUGACUUUCAAUGCAUAUAAAAACUUAAUAUAGCCAAGGUACUUAAUAUAGCCAAGGUAGCUGAAAGAAACUUUAAACACAAACUAACAAGACAGAAUCGUUAUUCUUUCCCAUUCUGCAAAUAAUUGAGAUGAUAACUUCACCUUUCUCAAGUAUGAUUUUUAUUUCUUUAUUUGGGUCUACUCACGAUGACAACAAAAGAAAGCAACAUUCGAAUUACAAAUCAUACCGUUGAGCAGUGACUUUAUAGCAAUUAUUAAAGUAGAGCUUUUUUUAACAAUAUUUCUUCUUACAAAAUUAAUAAAUAACAAUGUUGUC